CCCUCAUCAUACCAAGUCCCACGUUUCUUCCGCGAGUUCGACUUGCUGCUCCGCGCUGUUGAUACUCCGACGGGCGCUCUAGGCUCGCAGUUUUUCUCAGUUAAUACCCGCGAGCUGCUGCAGGUUCGCGCGACGUUUUGUCCAGCGCGCUGCUCCUGAUCGACGUUACAGGCGUUUCUCAAUAUCGACGUGGUGUGUGCGGGUGGCGCGAAAAGUUCACUGGAGACCGUGGUUUGAAUAAUCCCGGGCUGCCGGCUCCAUUCAUAAGGAACGGAACGAUCCAAGGGAAAAAGAGAACUGACGAAAAUCAAAAUUGUAUACGUAUAAUCGCUAUUCGUUAUUUGAAUCGUCGAAACAUUGGUACAAUGAUCGUUAAACAAUAAAGCUAAGUACUAACUACAGUCCACCUACGUUUCUCGUCUCAUACGGUAUUCGUUACACUAACUGCGGGUACGAUGAAAAGGAGAUCCCUCAUGUCCGGAGUGCCAAGUUAGCGCAGAUAUUUUGCGACCGAGGAUCAACUGCUCCAGAAACGGCGAAGACGGACUUGAUCAUCAUCAUCAUCAUCAUCGUCGUCGACCUUAGCUAGACAACAGCAGAGUUCUAGAGGUCAAAGAUGCGUCCGUGGUUGAGAGAAGACGGAUGCGUUAAGAAGACGAUUGAGAAGGGCUCCCUCGAAGGGAUCCCUCAAGAGUGCAUCAGCCUCCCUGGACCCCGUUACCAGAGUAAAUACAAUUGAAAACUACGACGCAAUUGAAGAGGAGAGACAUUGAAAAAAUCCCGAAAGCAGAGGCCUAAAUAAUACACAAUAAUUCGCACGAUGCCUGCCUUGAUGCCCGGAAACCGAGUGCUCGUUCAGGUGCUGAUCUGCGUUCUGUUGACAGCAUCGAGAAUCGCUUCGGAGGACUCACGUUCCUCGGGAGUGAUAAUAGAAAACGAAUGGAAGUGUCCCAACAUAACGAAACACCCGUCUGUAGAGUGUUCCUGCGAUUUUCCCCACACCCUGAGAUGCACCGGCGACAAAAAUGCUCUGCAGGUGAUCGGCAAACGACUGCGCCUUUUCCCAGCCGGGACGAUUUCUCUUCUGGACAUAACUGUGUCCGAGAUAUCGAUACUUCCGGCCCGAUUCCUCGACGGCGUACCUCUGCACGGUCUCGUCGUAUCUACCGGCGAACUUCGCCGUGUCAAUGAAAACGCAUUCGUCGCCUUGGCGCGAUCCAUUCAAGCUCUGGGCCUUCCCAACAACCUUUUCGAGACCGUGCCGAGCCUCGCUCUGAGGCCCUUGAUCGGCCUUGAGAGGCUCGACCUCUCCCACAACAAACUUACCACUCUCGAGGCGGAUUCUUUCGCGGGUUUGACGAAUCUGACCUACCUCGACCUGAACGACAACCUACUGUCGCAAUUGUCACCCCAAGCAUUUCCCAGUUUCGGAUCUCUGCGAUCGCUCCGGAUGCGCGGCAACCAACUGAGUGUCUCUGCCCUCUCAGCCCUCAGGGGACUUCAAAAUCUCGAGGAACUCGAUCUAUCCGGUAACCGACUGAUCGGCCUUGCCACGCCCAACCUGCUACCGCGGAUGCCCACGCUUCGAUUCCUCACUUUAUCAGGAAACCAACUCGACACGGUGCUGCGUGGCGCGCUUCAAGGUCUACCAAAUCUCACCUGCCUCAGCCUUUCCAAUAAUCACAUCGACGUACUGCAGGACCACGCGUUCAGGAACUUGUCGACCUUGACAAAGCUGGAACUGGCCAACAACCGAAUAGUAGCGGUGUCAAGCGCUUCGCUCGCGCAUCUUGAGAAACUGACGAGCCUCGACCUGACCCAUAACUUCCUCCGUUCCCUUACGGCGGACCUGAUCCUACCACUGAAGAACCUGCAAGAGCUGCAUCUCGACGAUAACGACAUCAGUAUGGUGGCGAGCGAUGUGUUGACGCCUAAUUUAAGACUGAAGAGAUUAUCACUGGCCGACAAUCCCCUGAACUGCGACUGCACCCUCCUCGACUUUGCGAGCUGGCUGACAAACUCGACGAGCCUAACCGAGGAGGACAGAGCCUCAGCUGUCUGCGCGACUCCCCCAGCUCUGGAAAACGGGAUCCUGGCUCAAGUAUCCCCGGGGAGUUUGCUGUGCGGCGAGCCAAUACCCCCCUUCGCGACCCUGGCGCCAUCGCUCCCCCUGAUUCCCGACACCCAGAUCACGCUGGAGAGUGUCUACUACCAGGAGUCGCGGACGAUAAACUUGGUCUGGAAGGUCGAACCAUGUUCUAAACCGUACACCUGCGACAGGGUGAUCGUGAACGAGUGGACCGGUGACAGCGAGGUCCACCUCGCGACGCGGCCGCUUCAUUGCGAGUCCGCGGACAUGCUGGAUCCCUGCACUCUUCCCGUCACAAUCCCAGCGAGUCUGAACCUCGAGUUGGGUCACAGAUACCGCUACUGCGUCGCGGUGAUCCAAUCGGGAGACCAUGUCGUGCCUGUACCGGGAUGCAGCGAUAUCCUCACCCUGGAGCGGAAUACUGCGUUGAAGACACCGGCUGCCGCUGGUCCCAGGAUCGCAGGGAUGAAGACGAACGCUUCCGACGAUGGGUUCCUCUACGUCGACGUAAAUCUCGUUGGCGGAGGGCCACGGGACCCGGCCGACUGUGAUCUCAGUCUUGUUGUUUUUUCGGAAGAGUCGAUCGUUCGAGAGCGGAAGCUCAACUGCACCAGGGGAUAUGCGACCAUCGCCGACCUCGCCCAGGGUCCCUACAGAGUCUGCGCUACGGUAGUUCAGGGUACGGAUCACACCGAGAUGCAGCUUGCCCCGCGGACCCGGUGCGUCGACGUUACGGUUCGGGGCGUGCGGGAAUCCGCUCGCCUCGAAAUCGUCCUGUUCGCUGUAAUCGUCGUUGCCUGCGCUCUCCUCGUCGCCGCUCUCUGGGCCGGAAGGAGUCUUCUACACCGUACCAGGCCUACACGGAUACAGGGCCAGUGCUUCCUGCCCGCUGAGGAAUUCGAAAUCACGCAUAGGGCCCGGUACGUUAAACUCCUCACCACCACCAAGGUGUGAACUCCGACACCCAGGUGAUCGGACGCAUCGACUCCGGCAAACUGGAAGACUGCCCGAUGGUGGACACUCAAGCUUUUGUUUACUCGUAAUUCAAGGACUGCUGGUCGAAUGGUAUCUCGCUGGAGAUGAUCUUCUUUGAUUAUCAGAUUCAAGGAUUUGUUGGGCGGACUGGUACCGUCGGCGGUACAGUCGAAAAAAAUUGAAACUGUAGAAAACUUGCGACGCGCAUGAAUCGCAAUCGAAAUUAAUCGAGAUGAAUUUGUUGAAAUUUGCGAUUGCGCCAUUUUAGAAGGGGAAAUUGAGUGGAAGUCUGUUUAGAGCAAAUCAGUUGGCCAAACAUAUCCCGUAAUGUUGAAUUGCUAAAGCUGCGUUUUUUUUUUUUUGCAAAUAAAUUCUUUAAAAACCACUCGAGACGGAUUUUUAGAUUUAUCUCCUUGCAAUGAAUACAAUAAUAUUGUAAAUAAAACCAUAGUAGGUUAUUCAUUAUAAAUUAAAAAAAAAAGAUGUGUAUGUGUAUGUGUACCUAAUUAGAAAUCCAUCUCGAGUCAUUUGAAGAAUUUAUUUACGUAAUAGUAAUAAAUCUUGAUUCUUAACAAUUACAGGAAAUAUUGCUAUAAGCAAAUUGAACUCAAUUAACUCUAGUCGCACCUCGCUGUUUUGUCGUUUUUCGAUAUGACAUCAACGCGAGUAAUAUACAUAUAUGCUAAAUAUAGCAGAUUUUAAUAAGGGUAAAUUGUCAAUUUGCAUGCAAUACCUUAUAUGGUACAGAUCGAGUGUUGUGAAAGCAUUUUAUAGCGAUAAAUGACUUGUGACUUUUAUCCAUAAGAUCAUUUUACCUGUGGAUUGCGAUAAAACGUGCUAUCAAUCCAUCAUACAGUGAUAUUUUACUGACAUUCUACGUACAAUGUACGUAUGGGUAUAAUAGUCGCAAUUGUGGGUAAGAUAAUCGUGCCCAGAUUUGUUCAAUUAUUAGUAUAAUAAUUGCAUAUUAUUAAAUCGUUGCUGCAUGUCUGCAAUGCUUAAUUAUUCUUAACGAAACAACAAACGAUUAGUUGUGAAAAAAAGUUUGCAUUGCGGACGAAUGAUUAUGUGAACGAACAAUAUUUUUACCGUGCCCCUAGGUAUUUUUAAUUGAUUGAUGUUUAUAUUAUAAUGGAAGAAAGCAAACGAACCAUGUAUAGGUAUCUUUUCUUUUUGCCUAACACAUGCCAAAAUGAUAUCUAAUAGACACUUAACGUGCAUUUAAUAAUUAGUACUAAUCGAUCCGAAAUGUACGCCUAUUUCAAAAGUUUUGUUUUCUCGUACGGGCUGCAAACAUUUAUUUUAUGUAGGUAUAUUAUGAUACAUCCUACGUCAUUAUUUUUGCACGUGAAAAUGCUUUCGUACACGUUUAUUAUACGCGACAUUCAAUAGAAAGAAACAUAUUCACGUGUAAUUUUUGUAUUUUUAUUUCUAUUCGCAUGAUAAAAAUAGUUAUUAAAUAAAGUCGAAAGAAUCAUCGGGGAGGUUCUUGUAAAAACUCCAUGUGCAAUGAAUUGUUGAAAGAUUGGCCUAAAAUUUUGCGUUGUUGACUUGUUCAUAAUUAUGUUGUGCCUGAGCUCGUAGAUUUUAGUAUUAUUUAUUAUAAGUAUAUAUGUCUACCUAAGUAUAAUUACUUACGAGUUGCAAUCUGAUUUAAAGAAUUUGCAUAGCAAUCAGCAUGCGUGAAUUUAUUUUGCUAAUAACAUAUACACACACACAUAUAUAUACAGCAUAUAUAUAUACAUCUUUCCUAGUAUUUAAGAACGGAGGAGAAAACAAAAUGAAAAAGAGAAACAAUUAUAUAUAAAACUUUUGUUACUGUUGAAUUUACACGAGCUUUGAUGUAUUAAAGCGAACUACGUUUACGCGGCAUUAUUGUUAAAUCCCAAAAUUAACAGUCCCCUAAACAUCAUUUCAUUCCUUUGCUCAAAAAUUAAUGAAGGUAAAAAAUUGUGCAAAAUUCAAUAUAAUCAAAUUAGACAUUUAUUAGAAACUUUGACACUGAUUUGGUCCAAGUAUUAUACAUUCUCAAAAGUGCGCUAAAAAUUACAACUAAUAUAUAAUAUAUUUCCUGAAUUGUUUUUCCUACAUAAGUAUCGAUAACAUACAUAGAACUAAUGCAUAUGCAUAUACAAAUAUCAUGCGAUAUUCUCAAUAUACAUACAUAAUUAUAUCCAGUUUGUACUAUAAAUUCAAGUAACAA